AAUGUUUGGAACGUUCUCUGCCCGCCUGAAAACCAGCAAGUAAAAAUGUCUCACAGUUUGUGUGAACUAAGUACAGGGAGAGCGCAUGAUAGAGAGAAACCGAACAUAUCUCAAGUUUGUGAACGUUUUUCGACCACAGUUCAUUCAGCUAAUUCGGCCGCAGAUUAUCAACAUGGCCAGCAAGCAACGUCGCCCUUAACAGGCGGUGUUAUUUAGUUAUUUAAGGUGGUCAAUUCAACAUCUCUAUCAGUAGCCUUAAUCAAUCACCGACCUUGGCCACUCCAGAUGCUAUCAGAGAUAAAAUCCACAAAAAUGUACAAAAGACUAAAAGUUCUCGACUCCGAUUCAUAGUAAAAAACACUUCACUAGUUUGUUGA